AUGCCUAUUGUCAAAGACCCCCAGGCCUUUGACGGCCACGCGAAUUACGCUGCAUCAGGUCUGAUUACCUUGAAGACCAGCUUCGGCGGCUCUACUGAGCCUUAUCCCCUCGCCCUCCUGGAGGAUACCGCCUGCGAUGCAGCCUAUCCCAUUCGCGAUUCAGCCAUCGAUUCGGCUCAUCACGACCAAACCAUUCAUUCCAUCGUCCACGAAAACACCGUUCGCUGCUGCAACGAUUCCGACACCCCGCGUGCCGAUGCACACGACAGCGGAUGGUACCGCGUGAUCACGGACGACUUGAUUGAUCCGAUCCUGCUUGCUUGGGAGGAGGGUCACAAGAUCGCAUUCUUUCCUCGUCCUUUGGCUGCCUUCCAGCACACGACCGGCCAUCCGGACAGGGACAUCCUUCUCAAGACCUCAGUCAACUUCAUGUUGAAUACCAUCGCCAACGCUCCGAUCACUGACCAUUAUGCCCCGACCACGUGCAACUUCCCGAAUCUGGCAACCACAUUCUUUGCCCCCAACCACAACCCGACCGGAAAUCACAGUCCUGGUACCUUCAGCCCUAACGUCCUUAAUCCCAUUUCCGGCGACUCGAUCCAACCCAUCGCCCAUGCCACCGUAUCCAACGUACAGGUCGCUCCCGCCGCCGGGUCCAGCACCCUCAUCAAGUGUCGGGAAUGCAAAGUGGGCACCGCCUAG